AUGGUAACGACGGUGUCCGCUCAAAAUUCCAAUGAGACCAGGGAGGGUGAAUAUGGUGGACCACAAAGAACGGGCGAAAACAUACCCCUGUCACCGUCGUCGAUAAAUAACACGUCUAAUAAUAAUAUUACAAGAGGUAAUGAUUACCCAUUAGACGCUGCUAGUUAUUUAACGGCAAUAACCUUGAUAACAACGGGCGUUGUGAGUUUGUUUCGAGGAAAUAAAUAUCGGUGGCUGUCAAUAUUUCUGGCGGCAUUCUACGCAACGUCUAUAGGAUUAAUGUUAUUUAUACUGAAAUAUCAGAAUGUGAUUAAUCCAUCUUCUUCCGCUCGUUUUGUUUACUUCAUAAUAUGUGUCGGAUCUGGAUCCGCAGCUGGCUUGUUUUUUGUGUGCAUGUGGCCGACCGGAAAAAUCAUUGUGGGCUCACUUGGCGGUUUCUCGCUGGCGAUGAUUUGCCUUUUGACCAGAAACAACGGGUUGAUUCCGAAUCAGAUUUUUCGAUGGGUGUUUAUGGGUGUGUGCACAUUAAUCAUGGGAUCACUAGCCAGCAUUCAAAAGAUUUAUAAUCGCGUGGCCAUCUUUGCCACGGUAGCAACCGGAUGCUAUUCCUUAAUUCUUGGGACUGAUAUCUUUGCGCGUGCCGGAAUAUUGGCCUCUUUCAAGACUUUUUGGGGAUUUAUACAGCCCGAGAAUUACCAGUAUGUGGUUGAUACAAACGUUAUAAUCAUUCUGUCAUCCAUCGCCUUGGUUGGCGGAAUUUUUGGAAUUGGUUUUCAAUUCUUGGAAUUUUGGAUAAAACAGAAGAGAGAGAAAUCGGCUGUGGCAGAUGAUACAGAAAACAUUUCUGACAAUCAAAGUCGGAUGGAAAAAAACUUUACUCAGAGGUUGAAGAACUAUUUCUUUGCCAUAAAAGAUUUCUAG